UUCCUAUAAAUUCUGCACUGCGCAAGGGACUUUGCAGCAUACACCAAAGUACCCAUAAUAGAGAAGUGAGGAACAUGAAAGGCCUAGGAAGUGAGGGUGUAUGGACAUUGGUGAUGGUUCUGGGUCUAGCCCUUGUGGCACUGAGCGAGGUUAGGGCGGUGCACGGGGCCGCCCGGCUGAGCCCGACCCAGUGCAAGGAGGAGAGGCGGCUCGCCGUCAACACGUGCAAACCGAUAGUGUUCGGGCAGCCCCCGUCGCCGGGGUGCUGCGAGCGCGUGAGGCUGAGUCACUACCAGUGCGUGUGCCCGGUAUUCACCCCCCGCGUGGCCAAUCUCAUCAACGUGAACAAGGCCAUCAAGCUCUUCCAGAGCUGCGGGCGGAGGAUCCCCCACCAUUUCAAAUGCGGAAGUCUAUAUUUUCCAUGAAAGCAUGAUCAGACAAGCCUUUCAGGAGGGACAAGCCAAGAUCCAAGAUUCUCCAUGUAAUAGAGAAUUCCCGUUUGAGUUCAGGAUUGUGCACUGCAGUACUUCGACUCUUGGAUCAAAAUGUAUUCACUUUUAUCGAAUAAGAGAUGCUGUUUAAUUUACUUUUUCA